UCCAUGAAAGGACAAAAAUGGUAAAUCACACACAUUAUCUCAACCACCGGCCAUCACAAGGACACUAAUGUAACUUCAGCACCAAAAAAAUAAAAAAUAAAUAAAAAAUCUCUCUCUAUUUGUGAUUACAUACGAUAACGAAUAAAGAAACUUCAUAUAUAUCAAUAUAUAUUUGUAUGUAUAUCAAAUCUCUGCUUGUUUUUUAGCCAAAUAUUUUCCUAGUCAAAAUCCUCCAUUUUAGCUGUAUGCCCCUGUCCCCUUCAAACGCAAAUAAACCCUCUAUCUUCUUUCUCUCUCCUCCAUAACAUUACCUCUCUACUACAAACUCUCUCUCUCUCUCCACAUUAUUCUUCUUUAUCAUAUACUAUUCUGAAAAAGUAGGAAAAAAAAAAAAAAAAAUUCAAUGGAUACACCAGAAUUCUUGGUAGGAGGGUACUACAACACCCACUACACGCCGGAAAAAUGCCACUCCGAUAACAAGGCCGGCGACCAUUUCGUCGUCGAAGACCUCCUCCUCGAUGUCCCCAACGACGAAGACGAUGCAAUCGUUUUGGAGGGUGGCUUAGAUACAGUCACCGGAAUCAUCUCCACCGACUCCUCCCCCACCGUCACCGUCGUCGACAGCUGCAACUCCUCCGUCUCUGGGAGUGAACCUCACUUUUCCCGUGAUGUGGGUUGCGGGCGGGUUACUGAGUCCCAAUUCUCUGGCGACCUCUGUGUGCCGUUGGGAAAUUAA